CUACGAUAUGGAUUCUCUGGAUGCUGUCGACGAGGAAGACGAGGCUGGUACGUGGCAACAGCUGUUAGGUUUUACGGUUGGCCGCGAAGCACUUCUGGGCAGCGACGGUGACCAAGAGGAUGCUCUCAUUCGAAAGUACUCGCGGUAUCAAUUAGUCUCAAGCUACUUCAAGAAUGCGGCGAAUAGUGGAUCAGAUGUUCCUGGGGGCAACUCGAGUGCACCGGGGAGGCCAGAGCGCACCGAAGACAUUCUUUUGUUUCCGCAACCAAUGGUUCGCGUAGGAGACUUUUACAGUUCAUUCGGUAUUCGAGCAGUGCGCGAGGAAGCAGUUGUAGGCGAUAUCUCGGAUUUUCACAAAACACCAGCUAUGGGAGGACGACAACUCGCAACUGCUGCUCAGCAGAGUGGUGGAACAGGUGAACAAGGAAAUGUAGAAAACACAGAUCCAACAACUACUUCGAAUGGCCCCUCUGAGCCGGCAACUGGGAAGAAAACGCGAGCAGAAUUGAUGGUUUCGAAAGUCCUAGGAGUUGCCGGUACGGGCAAGCGAAAAGUGCACCGAGGUUUGCGCAAGAGCAGUGGAUAUCCGUCGGCGCUACCGAAUAUCGAUGGGUCUCCAGCGCAAGUGGAGCACUUGGCAGACCGUGAUAUUCUUUUUGCUCCUUCCGCUGAUUCUAUUGCUGUAGUUUCCGAAACCGAUGUAAAAUGCAGUCUUUUUGGCGCUCGCAAAGCACGUGAGUCGGUUUUUCAGGAGCUAGAAACGAUGCAAAGCAGAUCUCGAGCAGACUUGUUGCGAUCUUUCCGUGCCAAAUUGAAGGACUAUCACCAUCUGGCAGUCACGAAAAGCGGUGGUGGCAGUGGUCCGGGCGAGGCAAAUAGAGCACCGAAAAGAAGCAGCCAGAGUACCGGUAAUGCAGCGAAUUACUACUCCAGUUCAAGUGAUUUUGGGGAAAAGGAAAAUGGAGAUGUUCUAUGGGCACUCUUUCCUCGCAAAGAAGUUUCCUCACCGGAAGAUGUGACGACUGAUCAUGACGCAUCAAGCUUUUCAUCCCCACGAGUGCCCGAGAGUGCUGCA